GCACGUUGAUUGGUCGAUUGGAAAUUCGGUAAGCUGUGAUUGGUCCGCAAGAACGUCUCGGAGCGCGCGCGGGAGCGAGCUUUGAAAGUUGAGUGCGGCGAUAGCAAGCUGGUUCCUCUGGGAUCAUGGUGGCGCUGCGGGGCCUUGGGAGCGGCCUGCAACCCUGGUGCCCGCUGGACCUCAACCUGGAAUGGGUGGACACAGUGUGGGAACUGGACUUCACAGAGACUGAGCCUUUGGAUUCCAGUGUAGAAGCACAAAUCAUAGAGACUGGAUUGAGCGCCUUCACAAAACUCUAUGAAAGUCUUUUCCCCUUUGCUACUGAAGAAUGUGGUUCUUCAGAGAGGGUUUGGACCUUUUUCAUUGAGAACAGUAUUUCCCAUAGUACACUGGUGGCAUUAUUCUAUCACUUUGUUCAAGUAGUCCACAAGAAAAAUGUGAGUGUGCAGUAUCGAGAGUAUGGUCUUCAUGCUGCUGGACUUUAUUUUUUGCUUCUAGAAAUACCAGGUAGUAUAGCCAAUCAGGUGUUCCACCCAGUGAUGUUUGACAAGUGCAUUCAGAUUCUAAAGAAGAGCUGGCCUCAGGAAUCUAAAUUGAAUCGGAAAAGAAAGAAAGAACAGCCUCGGGGCUCUCAGGUUAAUUCAAGGGGUCACAGAAAGAGAGGAAAGCCGCCCAGGAGAGAGGAUUCUGAGAUGGAUGAAAUUAUAGAAGAAGAAGAAGGUGAUGAAGAGGAUGUUUAUUUUUCUGCGCGGAAUCUUUCUCAAAUUCGAAAUGCUGUCUUUGACCUUUUGAAGAAUUUUUUGAGGCUUCUGCCCAAAUUUUCCCUCAGAGAAAAGCCACAGUGUGUUCAGACUUGUAUUGAGGUCUUUGUUGCAUUAACUACUCUCGAGCCAGUUCUUCAUGAAUUUCGUGUUACACAAGCCAGAAACCUUAGCCAAGCAAAAUACAUACCAGAACUCGCCUACCAUGGAUUAUAUUUGCUAUGUUCCCCUGUUCAUGGAGAAGGAGAUAAGGUUAUUGGUUGUAUUUUCCAUCAGAUGCUAAAUGUAAUAUUGAUGUUAGAAGUAGGUGAAGGAUCCCCUCACACCCCUCUUGCUAUUACUUCACAAGUCAUCAGUCGUAAAAACCAGGCAGUCCAGUUUAUCAGCUUGCUUGUGGAUGAACUAAAAGAGAGUAUAUUUCCAGUUCUUCGUAUCCUACUGCAGCACAUCUGUGCCAAGGUGACAGAUAAAUCAGAGUAUCGGACCUCUGCAGCUCAGUCCCUUGUGCACCUGCUGAGUAAACUCCCUUGUGGGGAAUAUGCUACGUUCAUCUCCUGGCUUUACAAAUACUCACGAAGUUCCAAGAUUGCCCACCGGGUUUUUACUCUUGAUGUUGUCUUAGCUCUGUUAGAGCUGCCUGAAAGAGUGGUGGAUGGCACUCUCUCCUUGGAGCACCAGAAGUUCCUAAGGCACAAAUUCUUGGUGCAGGAGAUUAUGUUUGACCGUUGUUUGGACAAAGCUCCUACUGUGCGCAGCAAGGCACUCUCCAGCUUUGCACAUUGUCUAGAGAUAUCCAUUCACAACUCAUCAGAGAGUAUAUUGGAGCUGCUUGUUAAUAGUCCUGCAGUUUCAGAAACAGGGAUUCAUCCUGCUGCCUUAUUGAAAAAUUCAUCAGCGUUUUCCUGUCAGAGGCAAACAUUCAACCCAUUUGAACCACCAGGGGAGAUGAACACAGACAGCAGUGGCCGCAUAGCUGGAUCUAGAGAAAGAUGUGUCAUGGCAAUGCUAAGAAAGAGAAUCAGGGAUGAGAAGACCAACGUCAGGAAGUCGGCACUCCAGGUGUUAGUGAGUAUCUUGAAACACUGUGACAUCUUGGGUAUGGAGGAAGACCUGACAAUUCUGCAGGACCACUGUCGGGAUCCUGCUGUAUCUGUCCGGAAGCAGGCUGUGCAAUCUCUCACUGAACUUCUUAUGGCCCAGCCCAGAUGUGUGCCAAUUCAGAAGGCCUGGCUGAUGGGUGUCAUCCCUGUGGUGAUGGACUGUGAGAGCACAGUUCAAGAGAAGGCGCUGGAGUACUUGGACCAACUAUUGCUGCAAAACAUCAAGCAUUACAGUAAAUUUCACAGAGAGGAUGACAGCCAGGUGCUUGCUUGGGCUCUCCUUGCCCUCCUCACUACAGAAGGCCAGGGACUGAGCCGCUAUUUAAAUAAGGCUUUUCAUAUCUGGUCCAAGAAAGAUAAAUUCUCAUCCACUUUUAUAAACAAUAUAAUAUCUCACACUGGCACGGAACAUUUUGCACCUGCCUGGAUGCUGCUCUCCAAGAUUGCUGGCUCCUCACCCAAGCUUGACUACACCAAAAUCAUGCAGUCCUGGGAGAAAAUCAGCAGUCAGCAGAAUCCCAAUUCAAACACCUUAGGACAUAUACUGUCUGUCAUUGGGCAUAUUGCAAAGCAUCUUCCAGACAACACUCGGGACAGGGUGACAGAUAUUGUCAAGUGUAAGCUGAAUGGAUUUCAGUGGUCUCUAGAGUUGAUCAGUUCAGCUGUUGAUACUUUGCAGAGUCUUUGUAGAGCAUCUGCAAAGACACCGAUGGAAGAACAGGAACUACUGAAGCAGGUAUGUGGGGAUGUGCUAUCCACCUGUGAGCACCACCUUUCCAACAUCAUUCUGAAGGAGGACGGGGCAGGAAAUAUGGAUGAAGACCUGUUGGUUAAGUACAUUUUUACCCUGGGAGAUAUCGCCCAGCUGUGUCCAGCCAGAGUGGAGAAGCGAGUCUUCCUUCUGAUUCAGUCCAUUCUGGCUUCUUCUGUGGACGCAGACCAUUUGCUGCCAUCUCAAGGUUCUGAAGAAGCCCCAGACAUUCAGCUGCCCUCCAAGGUCAGAAGUUCUGUCAUGCCUUCUGUGAUUAGAGCACAUGCCAUUAUCACCUUAGGUAAGCUGUCCUUACAGCAUGAGGACCUUGCAAAAAAGAGCAUCCCAGCCUUGGUGCGAGAGCUCGAGCUGUGUGAGGAUGUGGCUGUCCGUAACAACGUUAUCAUUGUGCUGUGUGAUCUUUGUAUCCGGUACACUGUCAUGGUGGACAACUACAUUCCCCAUAUCUCCAUGUGCCUGAAGGACCCUGAUCCCUUUAUCCGGAAGCAGACACUCAUCUUGCUUACCAACCUUUUGCAAGAAGAAUUUGUGAAAUGGAAAGGCUCUCUGUUCUUUCGAUUUGUCAGUACACUGAUAGAUUCACACCCAGAUAUUGUCAGCUUUGGGGAGUUUUGCCUGGCUCACCUGUUACUGAAGAGGAACCCUGUCAUGUUCUUCCAGCACUUCAUCGAGUGUAUUUUCCACUUCAACAACUACGAGAAGCACGAGAAGUACAACAAGUUUCCCCAGUCAGAGAGAGAGAAGCGGUUGUUUUCACUGAAGGGAAAGACAAACAAGGAGAGCCGAAUGAAAAUCUACAAGUUUCUUCUGGAGCACUUCACAGAUGAACAGCGGUUCAAUAUCACUUCCAAAAUCUGCCUUAGCAUUUUGGCCUGCUUCGCUGAUGGCAUCCUGCCUCUGGACAUGGAAGCCAGUGAGUUAUUGUCAGAUACCUUUGAGGUCCUCAGCUCCAAAGAGAUUAAGCUUAUGGCGAUGAGAGCUAAGCCGGAUAAGGACAUCCUCCUCAUGGAGGAGGAUGACGUGGCCUUGGCCAACAUCGUCAUGCAGGAAGCACAGAAGCAGCUCAUCUCUCAGGUCCAGAAGAAGAACUUCAUAGAAAAUAUUAUUCCAAUUAUCAUUUCCCUGAAGACUGUGCUGGAGAAAAAUAAGAUCCCAGCGUUGCGGGAACUCAUGUAUUAUCUCAGGGAGGUGAUGCAGGAUUACCGAGAUGAAGUCAAAGAGUUCUUUGCAGUUGACAAACAGUUAGCUUCAGAACUUGAAUAUGACAUGAAGAAGUACAAUGAACAGCUGGCCCAGGAGCGAGAGCUGGCCAAACAUGCAGAAGAAGCACAUAGGGUGGCUGACAGUGACACCAGAGCACCAGCUGUGCAGGUCAUCCCAGGCUUAGAGAUAAUACCAGCUCCUGUUGGCCAAAAACCUGCUGCUGUAUCUCCGAGCACAAGCCGGCCUUUAGCACCUGAGUCCAGUGCUGGCCACACUCUGGAAACUGGGCCUCCAAAGAUGUUAAUGCCCAGGGCCAGGCCCAUGUCCCUGAGUACCAUUGCAAUCCUGAAUUCUGUCAAGAAAGCUGUGGAGUCCAAGAGUAGGCACCACAGCCGAAGCGUGGGAGUAUUACCUUUCUCUUUAAAUUCUGGAAGCCCAGGGAAACCAACCAGCAAUACAUCACCCUACAGCUUAGAGCGAGAGACUGAUGGAUCCAUGGACUGGUUAACCAAAAGAGCCAUCAGCACCCCAGAGAAGUCCAUCAGUGAAGUCACGUUUGGAGCAGGGGUCAGUUACAUAGAGACAUCACAGACUCCUCUUCCAGCCAAAGAUAAAAUCGAAGCCCAGAGUCAAGGAAAUGACAUUUUAUGUUUAUCACUGCCUGAUAAACCGCCUGCACAGCCUCAACAGUGGAAUGUGACGUCCCCAGCCAGGAAAAAAGGCAACCUGGUCCCCAGCAGGAGGUCCAUCCGAAAGGCCCCCCUGAAAACAGCCAACUGAAGCGGCACCCCACUGAUGGCCCAGGAAGGCAGGGCCCUGGAGGGAAGUUCUUGUUUGCUGUGUGGGGACAGGCAGGGGUCAUGCAUCUCUUCUGGGUGCUGCUCAAAGCUGUGUGAUACCAAAGCUUUUCCAUGAGGUCCCAGCACUCUAAUGCUCACCUGUCUCUGGCUGGCCAGCCAACCAUUUAUAUUUCUUUUUACAAAACUUGGAGUGAAAACAUUGUAAAAUAACAGAAAUGUUAGAUUAAUAUUAAAACUUCAUUCCAUUUGAGUGUCAAGUCCCAUUCUGAUACGCUACAAAUGUGGCCUUUAAGGAACACAAAAUACUCCAACUUUCUUUUAUGUAAAUCAAGCUUCUAUUACUAGCUUGUCUGAAUUCCUUAUAGUAUGUAUUUUCCCAUAUGUAAUGACAAAAUUUUGACUGUAAUAUUUUUUCUAUUUAUAAUUUCAGAUUUUUCAAAAUAUUGUACAGCUUUCUAAAAUUAAUAAAAGCCAAUCAUAAAUAC